AUGGAGUUGUCAAUAGACGCACUGAAGGAGAAGUUCCUUAACAUGAACAGCGACAUCGAGCUCAUCGAGCGAAAGCUGAAAGACGAAAUGUGCAAAAUGUACGAAGAUGAUAUCAACCCGUUCCUAAUUCUUAACGACUUUGAAAAUAUAAAAAGCGAGCUGCAGAAAAUCAACAAACAAUUAAACGUCCUGUAUGAACGAAAAAAAAUGAGCAUACAGUACAUGCACAGGCAAAUGCAAAAUUAUAACUUUUUGCUAAACCUGGAAAAUAAUUUAAACAUCACUUCCAAGGAGUUUGUAAAUUAUCACAACUCGGAAAUUAUUUUAAAUAAUUUCUUUUACGACAAUAUAAAGAAGUUUUUACUCAACAUAAAUUAUGAUGAAAUUAACGAGUUGCUACAGCUGGACCAUCUCCAAAAAUGUGUAGACAGCAAAGGGGAACAAACAAGUGGAAACAACUUGAGCGAUUUAGGCAGGGAAGUACCCAACGGGAAACCUGCAUUGUGUGACUCGGCCAAUUAUAAAAAUUACCUAAGUACAAGCGAUUUGAAGGACAACGAAAAAAAGGGGGUGUUGAAUAACGGAAACGCUGCAAAGGACAGCAGAAACGAACAGGUGAACAAAGGAAAUGCCACCGAUAAGGAGAGCUUGUUUUGCCCCAUCGACGACGCUACCUUCCAGUCCGUCCCCGCGCUGAUUCGACGACGGGCCAAGUUGGACGACAUUAACCUGAUAUACAGGUCACUCUACGACAUGGCCAUGAAGAAGGGCAGCUGUCUCCCCGUGGAAAAGUCCGAGCUGACUCAGAUGAAUCUGCAGGUCUUUGGACAGACAGAAAUGGUAUGUUUAUUUUCGCUGCUGCUUUUCACCCUACUGAGAAAUAACAAAACACAUGCAAAAAGGAAUACACACAGGUUGAGCGCGGCGCCGUUCAUACAGUUCACUGGUGGAGAAGUCCCCCACGGAAAGGCGAAGCACAACUGGGCAGGCCGGGGAGACGGUGGUGGGUGUAGCGGUGUUUACGGCCGCUGCAGCAAGACGAGGGUGGUGUCCUCCAACUCGUCGCGGUCGAUAGGGGAUGAAGAGGAAAAUGUCGCAGCGGGGGAGGAGAGCGCAACAGAUAGCACGGCAGAUUGGAUGGCCCCAAGUGACACUUCUGCCACGGGAAUGAGAAGUGUUAAGAAUGGCGAGUUGUUCAUGGAUGCUGCCACACGGGGGGGUGGUUUCCUCGGAAUGGAGGGAAGCCCUUUAGAAGAGCCCUCCUCCAAAGGAAAACCAAUCCACAAAAGUAGCAGCAGAAGCAGCGACAGUAGCAGCAGCAGAAUAAGGCGAGUCACCAAAAAGUACAGGAGACGGGAGGAGCUCCUUCCCAGAGUGGACCACAUGAAAGAUAUGAAGAAGGACUUAAAGCUAUUCUUUUUGAAAAAAAGAAUAAUAUACCUGACGGAGGAAAUAAAUAAAAAAACGACCAACGAAAUGAUCAGCCAGUUGUUAUACUUAGACAACAUCAACCACGAUGACAUCAAAAUUUAUAUUAAUUCCCCAGGGGGGUCCAUAAAUGAAGGACUAGCCAUUUUGGACAUUUUUAAUUAUAUCAAGUCAGACAUACAAACAAUAUCUUUUGGCCUAGUAGCAUCUAUGGCUUCUGUAAUUUUAGCUAGCGGGAAAAAGGGGAAGAGAAAAUCUCUGCCCAACUGCAGAAUUAUGAUCCAUCAACCUCUGGGCAAUGCAUUUGGCCACCCACAGGAUAUAGAGAUACAGACCAAAGAAAUUCUUUACCUGAAGAAGCUCUUGUAUAAUUACCUGUCCACUUUUACUAAUCAGACAAUUGAGACGAUUGAGAAGGACUCAGACAGGGACCACUACAUGAAUGCUCUGGAGGCGAAGAAGUACGGAAUUGUGGAUGAGAUUAUUCAGACCAAGCUGCCGCACCCAUAUUUUUACGAAGCCAUGAAGGAGUCAAGCAGUGAGGCAUCUUCCAUGUAA